AUGAAGCCUCCUACAUUCCAUGAAGUUAGAGUUACUCACCUAAAAAAAGAGGUGGAGAAAGUGGAAAAAAUUGUUGAUGAGCAUAAAGUGCAAUGGACAAAGUUUGGAUGUUCCAUUAUGAUGGACAAAUGGAAGGCACCAAAUGGUAAAAUGAUCAUCAAUAUUUUGGUGAAUUCUCCAAUCGGUAGUGUAUUUCUUGGUUCUGUUGAUGCUAGCAAUGAAUCUACUGAUUCCAUCAAAAUAUACAAGUUGUUUGAAAGCACUAUUGAAAGAAUUGGACCGAGAAAUAUUGUACAAAUUGUUACCGAUAAUGCUAGUGAGAAUGUUAAAGCGGGAAGCAUGAUGAUGGGUGUGUACCCACACAUUUAUUGGACUCCAUGUGCUAUUCAUUGCAUCAACUUGAUGUUUGGUGACAUAUUCAAGGUUAAUCCAUAUGCUUCCGUUUUUAUAAAGGCCAUCAAAAUCCAUUCUUACAUUUCAAAGGCCAUUGAUGAUGAACUUGAUGAGAAAAUUCACCAAGGAAAGAAAUUUGGUGAAACUGGCCAAGACAAGAUUUGCAACUGCCAAUUUAACUUUGAGAGCUAUUUUUGGAGUGAUGUUGUUCGAGCACUUACAAUUUGUGGCCGUGGCCUUUUGACAACAGUCCUUCAUUUGGUAGAUGGGGAGAAAAAACCACCAAUGGUCUAUAUUUAUGAAGCAAUGAAUAGAGCCAAAGAAACUACUGCACGGGGUUUCCAUGGAGUUAAGAAGCAAUAUGAGAAAGUGUUUGAAAUUAUUGAUGCAAGGUGGUCAGACCAACUCCAUCCGCCUUUGCAUGUUGUAGGCCAUGUCUUGAACCCAGGAUUGUUUUAUAAAGCUCAAGAAGAGGAAACUUUACUAACGACUCUCUGGGAUGAGUAUUAG